AUGUGUUGGUCGUGGGGAUAUGGGUAUAUUCCGCCAGAUGAUAAAGAAGAAGAAGAAGAACCAGAUUUAUAUGGAGAACGCCAUUUAUGUGGAGAACUCGAUUUAUAUGGAAAACGCAUUAAACUAAGAAUGAUGAAUAAACGCUUUUGGUGGAUACCUCAUUUGUGUCUCUUGAUUACGACUAGCUCUGUGAUUGCAACGACGCUACUAGUCUUGAUCGAUGGUAUGAUUUUAAAUACCGUCUAUCUACCACCAAAUCGAAAAUGUACACGACGUCGUGAUAUGGAUUGCUAUUCGACAUCCGAUAAUUAUACGCACUUCUACUGUAACUCAUCCGAUAUUUUGAUUACUGAGUUUUUGGGCAGUGUCACUUGCUACGGAUGGUACGAUGGAAUCUCAACUGUUGACAAUCUUGAACAGAUCGGACUGUGUGCUGAGCUUAUUCAAGUAUUCAAUUGGAUGGUAAACUUGUACUUACGACUGUUACUGUAUAGUUACGCAUUUCCCAGGACAACGGUUGAUACAGGAUAUGAACGUCGCUGGCUUGCUGUGAUCUGUACUAUUCUUUCAUUUCUUAGUCCAAUGGUUGCUUUAGUAACUCUUAAACUAUAUACAGGUGCUGUUGCAGGAUUGACGAUCGCCUUCAUCACUUGUGUAUUACUCAUGGUGAUUCUAAUGCUGAUUUUGACUUUGACAUGGAGAAGAAACGUUGCAAAAACGCGAAAAGAACAAGCAACACGUAAGCAUUUUGAAAUGACCGUUAUUACUGGUAAAAUACAACAACGAUCGACUGAAAUUGACAAAAUAAGAUUGAUAAGGCGAGUUAAAAAAUGA